UGGAAAACUGAGUCCGAUAGCAUCUAGCCUCAGCUUCCCCAAUUUGCAGUGUAUCAGUUAAGAGUUCAAUUGGUUAGUUUAUAGGAACUUAAAACUUGGUGGUGGAGCAGCAGUAGAGAGAAGUUUAGUGGUACAUAUUGGUUCCUGAGUGGAAAAUUGGUUAGUACAUUCACAGUGUUUGUGUCUCUGUGCCCUGACUUCAGGCUGGAACCUGGUCUAUCUGGAUGAUGGGUAAUAUGAUUCGAGGCGCGAGUGCCAGAGACACACACAACACACACAACACAGACAGCUAUUCAAAAGGUUCAGAGGACGACGUGGUGGUGGUGCUUGACGACUACCCGUCGUCUGAAAUCAGCGAGCCCAUCUUUAGGAAGGGGGAGAAGCUCAGACUCAUCUCUAAGGAGGCUUACUGGUGCAGAGUACGCUCUGUCCAAACACAAAAAGAGAACUACAUACCCAGCAGCCACGUGGCAAUUGUCUACCAUGGUUGGCUGUUUGAGGGGGUGGAGAGGCAAAAGGCUGAAGAGCUGCUCUGUCUACCUGGGAACAGAGUGGGCUCCUUUCUGGUGCGGGAGAGCACCAGCGAAAGAGGUCUGUAUUCGCUGUCCGUGAAACACAUGAUCGUAAAGCACUAUCGUAUCUUCAGACUGGACAACAGCUGGUAUUACAUCUCCCCUCGCCUCACUUUCCAGUGCCUUGAAGAUAUGAUUAACCACUAUUCGGACUUUGCAGAUGGCCUAUGUUGUGCGUUAACCUCCCCCUGUCUGUCGGGCAUGACUCCGCCAUCAGAUGCAACCCCUGAAGCUCCACCUGUUGUCAUGCGACGCAACUUUGACUGGAGGAAAAUAGACAGGGGACAGCUGGUCAGCACAGACAGCUGCAGUGAAAACAUGGUGAGCUAUGGAGUCAGGAACAGCAUCGCCGCCUACCUGUCCUUUUCUGGGAACCAAGACCCCGCGCACACAAGAACACAAACUAGGAAGAAAAAGAGUAAAUCUGUUUAUGUUAUUUCUCAAAAUGGCCUUGGAAACAUUGACUAUGAUGAUGACUUCUAGAGACAGCAGCAGGGCUCAAAAGACUGGAAAACGUUCAAGUGGAAGGGAGUAGAGGGCCUCCUUCUCCCAAAUCCAUCACGAUUCUAAUGUUGCCAGUGAUCGAACAUUUGUUUUUAGUAUCCCUAACAUCCAAGUGUGUUAUAGUUUCUAAUGUGAGCACUUUGAAGUACUUUAACAAUAACGCAAAUUGCAUGGCCACUAAGCUUUAACUCAGCUGAAAAGACUGAACUUUAUGGCGUUUAACUGGAAGACGGUGCAAUUACACUGAGAUGUGUAUUCUGCCCUGCCUGGCUUUAUGAUAAAAAGGAGACUAUUAUGGGGUUAUGAUGGGGUAAUGUGGGUAAUCUAAUGUGUGAAUGGGUAUGAGUGGCUUUCAAACUAUUUUCCUGUUUUCCUAAUAAAUGUAUAUUGUAAAACUGUUA